GGACAUAAUCAUAAAAUGGAAAGAACGGUGGUAUUGGUAGACAUGGACUGUUUCUAUGUUCAAGUUGAACAAAGAUCGAACCCAAGUCUAAAAGGCAAACCAUGUGCUGUUGUUCAAUAUAAGAAAUGGAAAGGAGGCGGUAUAAUAGCUGUAGGUUAUGAGGCUAGAGCUUGUGGUGUAACUAGAAAUAUGAGAGGAGAUGAUGCCAAGGCUAAAUGUCCUGAAAUCAAUUUGGUUCGUGUGCCUGUAGUUAGAGGAAAAGCAGACCUUACCAAAUAUCGUGAAGCAGGAGCUGAAGUUAUAGAAGUAUUUUCUAAGUUUAGUUCAUGUGUUGAGAGAGCUAGUGUUGAUGAAGCAUAUAUAGAUUUGACAGAUGAAGUGGAGAAAAGAAUGGAAGAACAAAAUAUAUCAAAUGUUACACCUGAUAAACUACAGAAUACUUUUAUUGUUGGCUUUGAUCAAAAAGAAACACCACGAGAAGAUGGAUUAAAGGAAUGGUUAAGUAGAGUUGUAGAUUCUGAAGAAACUAAUAUUUAUAAUAAAAAAUUAGCGGUAGCUGCAUGUAUAGUGGAGGAAAUGAGAGCUGCUGUAUUUGAAGAAACAGGAUUUCGCUGUUCAGCUGGAAUUGCACAUAAUAAAGUGAUAGCUAAACUUGUGUGUGGGUUUCAUAAACCGAAUCGUCAAACAGUUUGUCCACAUGAUUCUGUACAGCAGUUGUUUUCUACCCUACCUGUCGGUAAAAUUCGUCAUCUGGGUGGAAAAUUAGGUGAUUCAUUGGUAGAACAAUUUAAUGUAGAAUUUAUUGGAGAUUUGUGCCGAUUUUCCCAGGAAGACCUCGUUCAAAGUUAUGGUGAUAAAGGUAAAUGGUUGUACAAUGUAUGUCGAGGAUUUGAUCACGAACUGGUAUCAGCGAGACAAUUAGCAAAAUCUAUUGGUUGUGGUAAAAACUUUACGGGUAAAGAAUGCCUGAAUACCAGAAAAAAGGUAAAACAUUGGAUAUCUGAAUUAUCGGAGGAAGUCACAGAGAGAUUGAUCAAAGAUCGAGAAAGUAAUAAAAGAACAGCUAAAUCGUUAACAGUAUCGUUACGAUAUAUUGGUGAUCAUGCGGCUUCCAGGACAUGUGCUCUACUCAGAUAUGAUAAAGAUAAAAUAAGAGACGAUACAUUUGCACUCUUACAAAAAUUUAAUACUUCGCCUCCACAUCAAGACUGCUGGACUCCUGCCAUUUUGAAUCUGGGAAUUUGUGCUGGAAAAUUCGUUGAAGAGAAAACAAGCGACACGCCAAAUAUUGCCACCAUGUUUGCUAACGCUAAAAGUGCAACAUCAACAGUUACAUCUGUUAGUAGCGGUCAGAUUCCAGACACACAGGAAGAGCUUAUAUCACCGGCAGUAAAUAUUAUAAACGAUAAAGAAAAAGUAACAAAAUCCAAGCGUGGUAGCAUUAAGACAUUUUUCCAAAACAACACUGCGACAGUUAAUAAUACUGAUUGUGUAGAAGACGAUAGAAAAAUUGAAAUUAUUAAAAAAUUACCUUCUACGACAAACACAGUUAAAGGUUCUGGAAAAGGAUUCUUUGCUUCUAAAAGUAAAAAUCUACCAUAUUGUGAUGAUAGAAAAAUUAUCAAAAAUAAAACUUUAAUUGAUGGCAGUAACAGUGCUAUAAUAGAGAAACGCAAUCAAAAGUGUGGAUAUGAAUUAAAAACAUCCAGUGACUUAAAGAUACAUAAGAAGUUGGCAGAAAUUGAUCGUAAUGUGUUUGAAAACGACAAUAAUAAUCUUAAUGUCUGUAAUGGCGCCAAAUUAUCUGAUUCCCUCAGAAGAACUGACGUCACAUCAGACAUGAAUUGCUAUAUCAACACUUCUGAAUCUGAUAAUAAUGUAGAAAAUUCAAACUUUGAAACUGAGACCAAAUCGGUGAUGACUGCUAGUGCUACAGAUAAUUUGCGUGAAGAAAUGUCUGUUUGUGAUAAUGUGAAUGUAGGUACCAUUUCGGACGUUCAAAAUGGAGACCAAGAUGGUGCCAUGAAUUUUGUGUUAGAUGAAACAGAUUUUGUGAAAUGUGAAAAAUGUCAAAAACGUAUCCCAGUGUGGGAAAUGCCAGAACAUCAUGAUUAUCAUUUUGCGUUAGAAUUACAGAAAGAAACCAACAUUUCUAUGAUUCCAAGAAUUUCGUCAUCAUCGUCGUCGCAAUCGACUAGUAAACGGAAACUGUCUCCCUCAAGUUCAAAUAAGAAAAGUAAAAAAAACAAAACAAAUACAAACACCCCCUCUCUACUUUCAUUUUUUGAUAAGAAAUAAUAUAUUUGUAGGUCAAUCUCAGUAAUAAUAGGUUUUUAACCAGUGCUUGGACUACUUGGAACACUCCCUCUCUACUUUCAUUUUUUGAUAAGAAAUAAUGUAUUUGUAAUAGGUUUUUAACCCUUUAGUGCUUGGACUGCUUGGAACAGUCUGUGACUAGUUCCUUAGACCUUUCCAGUCGCUUGAAUAGUUGUGGUGCUCCCUAGAACUAGUAUACGGUCCUACAACAAGGAGAACUAUUUUCUGGUGGUUUAUCCAGGGAUAAGGAAGGUUUUGAGCUGUCCAGGGAUAUAUUGGUAUGAAAUACAUCACCCUUCUUAUUUUCUUCAAGGAACUAUCUUUUAGUCAGUAUUUACAUAAAUCAAUAACUAAAGCAUUAACAAAAUUCAUAGUUCACCAAAUAAACAAAAAGUUAUUAAAUAAAAGUAAUUAUAUAUAAUUCAUUCCAUAAUCAUGCCACAAUAAAUAUGUGUAUAUAAAGAAUUGUAAACAUAAAUUACUAACAUUAAGUGUGAUAUAUGGAUUUUUAGUUCCUUCUUUGAUUGGCAUUUAGUAAUUGAACAUAUUAACACAGGGUACAAUUUUAUGGAUAUACAAUUACUGAGUUUGAUACUAAGCCACAUUUCACAAGGAUACUCUCGUCUUUAUCAAUUUAUGAAUUUUUAAUUGUUUAUAUUUAGGUGUAAAAUAUAUAAGCAUAUAUUUUGGUGUAAUAGAAACAUUGAGAACUGUUAAACUAAAUUAAAUGUGAUAUAAAAAUCUUUAAUUGUAAAAUAUAUUAGAGUAUAUUUAGUGGUUAAUGUACAUAUAGGAUUAUUAAUAAAUGAUAAACAUACAUUAUAAAUUACCAUAUUAAUGAAAUACUUUAUUUUUAUUCUGUACGUUUCACAUGUAGAUUAUCAUUUUUUUUUCACCUUCAUUUUGACUCAAAACUUUUUUUCUGUAAUCAACGACAAGGACAGAUCAUUGUCUAGAGCACUACAGGCCUGUAGCUAGCAGGGUGGGGGGGCAGCUCAACAAUGUCACUCAGGCACCCAUACUGAUAUGGGCACGUUGGUCGUUGGCUACAUAUUGCGUCCAAUGGAAAGGGUGCGUUUCGGCACCCAGUUGGGGCAGCUGCACACCCAGCUAGCUACGAGCCUGCACUAGAAUCAAGACUUUCCAGUGAAGGAUAGUAAUA